AUUAUAAGUACUCUACUAAGUCAAUACCUAUAAAGCACUCCCUCCUAAAGCAUUGUCCAACUCCCACCUCAAAAUCGCUGAUACUUCAACCAUGCAUUUCUCGACCAUCCUCACAAACCUCGCCCUCGGCGCCAGCGCCCUUGCUGUGGCCGUGACUCCUCGCCAGCAAACCAGCUGCUUUGAACCUCGCAAUGGAGUCUGCCUAAGCCGUCAAGCCGACUUCAACAACGCCACCCUCGCCAUCACGAACGCAUGCAACAAAAUUCCUUCAUGUAGUCCAGGGCAGGCGGACACAGCACGCGUAUCCGGUGUCGUUCGGGGCUUCCCUUACAGCGCCGCCCUCAAAGUGGGUACCCAAUGCGCUGGCGUCGUUCCCUGGAGCACACAGGGCUGCGUGGAUGCAUUCAUUGCGGUCAUAGAUCAGGGCUGCGAGCAGCAGUAUCCGUCAACGGAUGGGCUGUUCCAGUUGGGAUACUUCAAUGCUGCUUGUGACAGCAGCUUUGUAUCCUUUAACCUUGGGGGCUAGAGACCGUCUUUAUGGAUGCUGGAUGCUAGGACCUUGGGCAGCUGGGUAAGGUGAUUUAUUCGGUGCGGGUUUCUUUCUCCGAAGCUGCCAAUCGUGUCUCUGCUCAUAUAGCCUCUUUUUACUGAAUCGUAAAGCGUUGCAGAGAGGGGUCCUGAACAGAUUUGUGAUUCCAGUCUCUUAGUUUGAUCCAUCUGAGCGGCGAAGUUCCUAUGAUCCCAUGUCAAUGGACUGAAAGACGUGCUACGCACUCCAUGUUAGCUCGACGGCUUUCGGAACAGGGGAACCGGUAGGGCAAAGUGUGAGCAUGCGUCAAUACAGAUGGGUGGGCUCAUUCGGAGCAUGACUGCGAAGAGAGUCCUCUCGACUCAAAAGCGGCGCCAAAGAGCUGCGGAGUGCAGGUUAGCUAUACGUCAAGCACCCUUGUGCGAUAUCGAUGGUGGGUGCUCGGCUGAUUUCUGUUGAGCAGGGCCAAGGGUAAUUUGC